GCAGACCACACUGUACGUUCUCAUCUCUCUCUAAACUGUCUCAAAUCUCCUCCGAUUCCUUCCCUUCGCCGGCUUUAAAUUUCAAAAUCUCCGACGAAUUAAAUUUUUAUAAAAAUCUCCAACGGAUUAAAAUUUCAAGAAAAUCUCCCAACGGAUUAAAAUUUGUAUGAAAAUCUCCAACGGAUUUAAUUUGUAAGAAAAUCUUCAACGGAUUUAAUUUUUAAGUCGGCGCCGAAGAUCGUACUCGGCUAUUUAUUUUGGUUUUCCUAUUUCCGAUUGCUCUGCCUCGGCUAUAGAGGAGGCCAGAGAAGGGAAGCAGAGGAGGGGGGCAUUCAUGGAUUCGGAAGAAUUGGAAGGAACUUCUUGAGUGCUGGCAUGGAAGGAAGGAUUCUCCCCUUGAUGUCAUUGCCAUCAAUGGCACCGGAGGUGUCAAGCAGGCCUCACACCUUCUCAAAUACGACUCCACCCUUGACAUCUUCGACGACCACGCCAUCUCCGUCGACGGCUCUUCAAAUUCAUGGACAUAUACGAGACAAUCCGCGAUCUCAUCCCGGCGAUCAGCGAGUCAUGCUCGGACGUCUGCCGGAACGAGAUCACACACGAGAUCGCCGCCGCGGGAGACAGAAUCGGAGAAGCAGUUGUGAGCGUAUUCUCCGAUCAAAAUCGUAUCCAGCUGCAAUCCCAUCAACAUCCCGGCAAGGUUGAAGUGAAGGCUAUGAUGUGGGAGGUUGACAGGACUGUUCGAUCUAGUGCUCUUGCCCUUGGUAAACUAAGUGCACUCACAACUAGGAUUGAUCCUUUGGUUGGUGAUCUUUUAUCUGCUUUGCAGCAGGCUUCAGAUAUUGGAAUUGGUGAGGCUAUUUUGACCGCUUUGAAAGGAGUGAUCAAACAUGCUGCCAAAAGUGUGAGCAGUGCUUCUAGAACACUUAUUGUUGAUGCUCUUUACUAUAACCCUUCAUUUACGCUGAGCAUACUGCAAAAGCUUGGUGUUGCUACAGAGAUCUUCAAUCUUUGGUUCCAUAUGCUACAACAAACUAAAAAAAGUGGAGCUCGGGCUAAUUCUAAAAGGGAGCAUGAGAAGAAGGUUUGCUGCUUGGGCUUGACAUCAUUGCUGAGUCUUCCUGCUGAUCAAAUGCCAGCAGCUGCCUUUGAGGGCAUCUUUUUAAGGUCAUUCUUGACCUCCUUGUAUGCACAAGGAGCAACUUGCUGAAGCUGCAAAGGCAGAGGAAGCUGAAGAUGAGGUUGAGAUGGAUGGAUUUCGAAGUGAUGAUGAUGACGAUGAGUCUUAAAAGCUGCAAAGGCAGAGGAAGCUGAAGAUGAGGUUGAGAUGGAUGGAUUUUGAAGUGAUGAUGAUGACAAUGAGUCUGAUAGAGAAAUGGCAGAUGAUGACGAGGAUGGAGAUGAAGCUGACAGCCUAAAGCUCCAAAAGUUGGCAGCAAAGGCGAGUGCUUUCCGCUCCAAUGAUGAUGAGGAUGACUCAUCUGAUGAUGAUUUUUGUGAUGAAGAGUUGCAAUCAGCCAUUGAUGAGGUGGAUCCUUUUGUUUUCUUUGUUGAUUCUGUCAAAGGUAUGCCUGCCUAUUUCAUCCUUUUGGGUUAAUUAGUUUUUGCUAUACUGUGUGAUAAAAUGUUUUGACCUUGUCCUUUGCUGAAAUACUAAAACCACAGCAGGUGUCAUUUUAUUUGGUUCAAGUACUAUUAAUAGGUAUAUGAUUUCAAGUGUGCUCUUUAGUUUAAAAAGGAGUUUCAAGUGUGCUCUUUAGUUUAAAAAUGAU